GCGGCCGAUGUCCGGAGCUCCCGCACCUGAGACGCGCCCGUGCCAGCCCCGUGACAGCCCCGUGCCACGCCUGUGACACGCCUGUGACACGCCUGUGACACGCCUGUGACACGCCUGUGCCCGCGCCGCAGCCCUGCCCAGCCCGCGCCUCUUCGCCCCGCGCCCGGGGCCCGCUGCAAGGCAGGACAUGGACUCCAUGUUCGAGGACGACAUCAGCAUCCUGACGCAGGAGGCGCUGGGGCCGGACGAGGACUGGCUGGACAGCCCCAACACCGACCUGUCGGGCGAGAUGUGCUCGGCCUCGCACUUCGCCCUCAUCACCGCCUACGACGACAUCAAGAACCGGCUCACGGGGCUGGAGAGGGAGAACUCCACGCUCAAGCGCCGCCUCAAGAUGUACGAGGUCAAGUACCCCCUGAUCGGCGAGUUCGGCGAGGAGCACAUCUUCUCCCUCUACGAGGCCAAGGAGAACUCGCUGCUCAAGAGCGAGAAGGCGUCGCUGCAGCAGCAGCUCAACCAGUUCCAGCACGAGCUGCAGAAGAGCAAAGAGCGGGAGGAGCAGCUGGAGGAGAUGAUCCAGGCCUACGAGAAGCUCUGCGUGGAGAAGGCGGACCUGGAGACCGAGCUGGGAGAGAUGCGGGCGCUGGUGGAGACGCACCUGAGCCGCAUCCGGAGCUUGGAGCAGCAGCUGCGGCAGCGCGACAGCGGCGCCUUCCCCGGGCUGGGCGCCCAGGACGUGCCUUUCAUCGCCCUGCACCCCAACCCCGGCCUGAGCCACGUGCUGGAGCGCGCCGGGGGCUGGCAGAGCCGCGGGCUGGAGGCCGAGCUGGAGGCGGCGCGGCAGGAGAACCAGCGCGCCCAGCACCGCGAGGAGCACCUCAAGGCGGAGUGCGAGAGGCUGCAGGCAGAGCUGAAACACCUGCAGGACACCCGGGAGCAGGAGCAGUCGGAGCGGGACAUGGCCUGGGUGAAGAAGGUGGGCGACGACCAGGUGAACCUGGCGCUGGCCUACACGGAGCUGACCGAGGAGCUGUGCCGCCUGCGCAACCUCAGCUCGCUGCAGAGCCAGAUCCUGCGGGCCCUGCUGCAGGAGAAGAGCCUCAACGGGGGCCAGCGCCACUCGCCGCUGUCCCAGUGCCACUCCCCGGCCCAGCAGCGCCGCUCGCCCGCCCCGCAGUGCCCCUCGCCCGUUCCUCCGGGACGCUCCCAGUGCCAAUCUCCCGCCCUCCAACGCCGCUCGCCCGGACCCCCCAGCCAAUCUCCGGCCCAGCAGCGCCGCUCGCCGGCCCCCGGCCCGUGCCAGUCCCCGGCCCAGCAGCGCCGCUCCCCGGUGCCGCCGCCCAGCCAGUCGCCGGCCCAGCAGCGCCGCUCGCCCGCCCCGCCGCCGCCGCCCUGCCCCUCGCCCAGCUCGGCGUCCCCGCACCGCCUGCCCGGCGAGAGGAUGGAGCUGGCCUACGCCAAGCCCUCGAGCCGCCACAUCAAGGCCGGCUUCCAGGGCCGCCGCAGCUACUCGGAGGUGACCAACGUGGCCCUGUACCAGCAGAGCCGCUCGCUCUGGCUGCAGCCCGAGGCCUCCACGCUGCCCAAGCACCGGCCCUACGGCGAGGUCUACCUGGGGGGCGCGGGGGCCCCGCUGAGCGCCCACGAGCCCUUCGAGGAGCACGUCCGCUUCGAGAAGCAGUCGUCGGACGAGGAGGAGUGGGCGCUGCCCAGCCCGCCCAGCCCCGAGGCCGGGGCCAUCCGCUGCGCCUCCUUCUGCGCCGGCUUCCCCGCGCCCGACGCCGACGCCGCGCACCGGACGGCGGCCGCCUACGCCCGGGCCGAGCACGCCCAGUCCUGGCCUUCCAUCAACCUGCUGCUGGAGACGGUGGACUCGGAGGUGCGGAGCUGCCCGCUGUGCCAGCUGGCCUUCCCCAUCGGGUACCCGGACGAUGCCCUGGUCAAACACAUCGACUCGCACCUGGAGAACAGCAAGAUCUGAGCCUCGCCCCCGUCCCCACCUUUGGAUGCUGCAUGGAAACACGCCGGGAGCGCCCGGCUCCCGAAAUACCUCCAAGUCUUCAGUAGCUACGGAAAGACUGAGCCCCCCGCCCCACCCGGAGC